AUGUGGACCGUUACCUCCCUCAGCGCCAUCGCGGCUCUCGCUGCCACCGCCACUGCCCACGGCAUUGUCAACGGCGUCACCAUCGACGGUGUCUUCCAGCAGGGCUUCAGCCUCGACUACUACUACGCUAAGCAGAACAACGGUCAGGUGCCAGAGCACAUUGGCUGGUACGCCGAGAACCUCGACAACGGCUUCGUCGAGCCCAACUCCUUCGGCGAUGCCGACAUCAUCUGCCACAAGGCUGCCAGCCCCGAGGGCAGCUCCGACAGCAUGGCCAAGGUCGCCGCCGGUGGCACCGUUGAGUUCCACUGGAGCACCUGGCCCGAGAGCCACGUCGGUCCCGUCAUCACCUACGUCGCUCCCUACACUGGCGACGUUACCGCCGUCAAGAAGGAGGACCUCAAGUGGACCAAGAUUGACGGUGCUGGCUACGAGAACGGCGAGUGGGCUGCCAUCAAGAUGAUCGGCCAGAACAACACCUGGCCCGUUACUGUCCCCGAGAGCCUUGCCGCGGGCAAGUACGUCUUCCGCCACGAGAUCAUUGCCCUCCAUGGCGGUGGUGACGCCAACGGCGCCCAGGCCUACCCUCAAUGUAAGAAAACCCCGCCAGUCACAUGA